UAGUAAUACAUGUUUUUCAGACUAAAGAUGAAAGUUGAAUCUUAUUCACUGUAUUUAUUGCAAGAUAUAUCCUCUCGUUAAACUAGAGAACCUAUAAGACUCAAAAUGGAGACGAACGGAGAAGAUAUCUCAGGGUUCCUGGAACCUGAUCUGUUACAACAAGCUCUGCAUGAGGUUCAUGAUCUGACUGGAGAACAGAAUAGAGAGGUAUUCUCACAGAUAUAUUCAAGACAGGUUGUUCAGUCCUCAGAGAUACCUGUAAAAACUUCCUUCUCCACUCAACCACCCAGUGUAUCCUCUCUGCCAAAUGUAUCUCGGACAACUUUAUCAUCAGGAUACCAGCCUGUACAAACUCACGUCACAUCACUAGGUUUCUCCACCCUGCAGCAACAUAACGGAUCUAUUCUCUCCGUUGGGUUUAAUAAUGAUGUUCGUACCUGUAACCCCUCUUCCUCAUUUAUGACUGCACCCAGUUUAGUUUCCACCAACGGGUUUAUCAAUACAGCCAAUAACAUCAGUUCUAACAGAUAUCAAGGACCUCAACCUCUACCCAGUUCUAAUAUUUACCAUAAUAUCCCAGUUUCACAGAAACCUCUUUGUACAACAGGAUUGACAAGUUUCUCCGGAAGCCAGGGAGGGAACGGACUACUCAACUCCUCCGUGAUCCUUGUACCAACUUUGCAAACAGACGGAACAGUUUCCUACUCUCUGCAAACCCAGGUUAAACUCUCUUCUCCCAUCAAACCUUGUCCCAUCCUUCCUAUGCUCUCUCUACCUCACCAGGAGAAGACGGGAGAGUUUACUGUUGCUGUGAAACCUCGUCAACAUGCCUUGAUUCUCCCAAAAUUUCCUCUGCCUUCCGGAACCUCGGAGAUGAUGCCAACCCUACAGUCUAAGAUUACACCCAACCGGAUUCAGAUUGACUCCAAGCUUGGGUUACUUGACAACAUUUCGGGCUCUUUAUCUCAGAUGAAACGGGAAAACGACAUUCCUUCAGAAGAUGAUGUAAACAUAUUAGUUCCAAUCCAAACUCUGGAAUCUGAUGUAGAGAAGAGAAGUUUUCCAACCAGUUUCACCAACUUUAUGAAUCAGACAACAGCAAACUCUACACAACCCACAGUCGCGGGAACACAGAAGAAGAAAUCUGAUUUGGAUCCAAGACGGCAUAUAACUGAAUACCUACCUAAAAAGUACCUGGAGAAACCGCAGGAACCCUUCAGUGUUGCAUCUUUUGUUCGUGAAAUGAGUGCUAGAGGACGCGGUAAGGGUAAAGCUAAAAACCGCGGUAGACCUAGGAAAGGAAUGCCUAAACGGGUAAAUGAAAAGAAGAUAAUUUCUGAUUUGAAGAAGGAGUUAGGAUUGAGAGAAGAACGGGUUAAAGAGUUCGGCUUUAUUGAAGUUGAUACCGACGUGGAUAAUGAGGAGGAGGAAACGGUUCAGGACGAAGAACUCCGGAAUGGUGAAAGUAAUGAGGAUCAGGACAAGUUUUCUAUUGGUAGAACCAGAUCCGGUAGACUCUCUCUUCCUCCUAAACGAAUUCGAACGGAUAUGGCGUUGAAAGAAGACUCUUUUCCACCUGCUCAAGAUGAACCUACGGCCAAUACGGGUGCAGUUACAAACAUGAACUUUGCUACCCCGCCCCUUGUUGACUCUGCCCUUGCAUCUAUGGGUCGGAGAUCCUUUGCUCCUCCUCCCAAGUAUAUUUGUAAGAUCUGUGGUAAACUAUAUCUUGGAGACAAGAAGAUUGCGCGGCAUCUUAAACUUUUUCCUGAUCACGAGUUUGCUACCCCAGAGACUCCAGCAUCUCCGGUUAAAAAAUCGUUCUCAGCUGAUUCUUGGAUCAAUGAAUCUGAUCCUGCAUCUCUUCUUGACCUGGUUGGGCCUAAACUCCUUCAGUCCUUUACCCUAUGGGACCUGCUGGUGAAACGUGUAUCUCUGAAAAGGCUUGGAACUGCCGAAGUACUAUCCAGCAUGUUUGCUGAUGUUCAAGCUUUAGUAAUGGACCUAAAGAACAUGGUGGAGCAAUGUUUGACUAAUAUAAGAACAAAUGAGGACAGUUUCAGUGUGAUUCUCUCGCCCAUGAUUUCGUCAAUCCUUGGACAAAGUCAGAAUGGCGGAGUAGAGAGAUACGUUCUUCCUUACAACCAGAUACCUGUUCACUAUCAUAAGCUUCUAGGAUUUCCGAUGGGGUUUAAGAGUACACAUCCAUCUGAUAUGUUUUCUCCGGACUCUACCAACUCUAUUUUCCAUCCCGAGGAGGAAAAUUCUCAAAUGUCGAUAUCCUCGGAGACAAAUGAUCGGCCUCUUGUGGACAAAGUAGUUCUGGAGGCUAACCUCGGAACGGCAGCUAUGGACGAAGAGACACAGGAUUCUUCUAGAAUGCAGAAAAGACGACGUAUUGAUUCUGAAUCUCGUUCUGUUUCCUCCAUUCCUCCUCAGACACCAGAUUUCUUAAACCACGAGGACGAAAGUAAUCUUUCAUCCACUUCAAACCUCUGCACUAAAGAUAUUAUUGCCGAGCAGUCCAACUCAAUUGAUGAUGUUCCUGUCAAACAAUUUCUAGAUUCUGAAAUGAAAACCGACGAAUCGUCUCUUGACAAAAUUCGACAAAAUCUUAUUGCCAUGACAACUCGCUCCGAUGUGUGUUCAGGUUCAGGAACUACUUUCUCCAACUGCAGUAGAACUAGACUUCCAUCCUUCUCCAGUAUUAUGUGCGGUAGUCCUAACCCUUCGGUGAAGAACCAAUCGGGGACAGGAGAAAGAGAAGAAAAUAAAAACGAAAGGAGUAAUCAUCAUUUGAGGGAAGAAGAUGACUCGAUCCUAAAAAUAAUCACACGUCCUGACACUGCCGGAGGUUCUGCACCUGUAUCUCCGAGAGUGAACUACGUGAGCUCCUUGAACCCGAACACAACCUCGAAUAUUGCAUUCCAGAGAAGGAGUUCCGUAGAUCAGGUUCUCAUGCAUUCAUCCUCGAAACUUCUCAACAACGUGGCAACAACAUCUUUUUCUCCAGGUAAAGGUUUACAUCUCGAGGACUCCAUCAGAGAUCUUCACUCGGAAAAUAUCUGCGAUGGUGUUCUUCUUCCACGAACUCAUUCUUCAGAAGGACGGACUGGAGAAGAGCGCAGGUUUUCCUUUGACCAGGAGAACGAUGGAUUAAAUGAAAUAAGCAAGGUGACCAUGCCUUCCCCAGUGACAAGUCCGUUCCAGAGCGGGUCGGAUAAUGCUGUGUUCAACGUUACCUCCUCUAGUCUCUUCACUACUCCAUGCUUGCCAAACAUGCAACCUGGAUUCCUAGAAACACCGCCCAAACAUCACAUAAUUGGAAUCUCUAGUAAGUCCUAUGACAUGAAUGAUGAGUUCCUGGGCAGAGAUCUGAAAACCAACCUUGACACUGAUAAAACAGAUCACACCGGGAAGAAUAAACACUAUCCAGGGUUAGAUCUUCUCAUGGAGAAAACAGAUUCCACAUUCUACAAGUAUACAAGUUUACCCCAGAAUGCAACCGGAGCUCGAAAGCUCGAGAUGAGAAGACACCAGGACUUUGAGUCUUCAACUCAGGUUACUUACUCCGAACUAAACCAUCCUAUCCCGAGUGUAUCUCCGAUGAAAGAAACCAACAAAGAUUAUGAAUGUUCCAAACCACGACAAAUCCAUCCAAUAUCCCAAAGUCCAAACCUGUUUAACGACCUGGAAAGUGUACUCAAUGACUCCGAAGAGUUCUCCUUCCACUCCGCACUCUCCAACAACGUGGAGAACGUCCCCGUUAAAACCCCGGAGAAGCUACUCUCUAGCGUAUCUCCUUCUGUCAUAAUGAUCAAGAAAUCAUCUCUAUUUGAUAGUUUUGAGUUUGAUAAACCUGUUGAUAUUGAGAAUCUUGAACCAUCUGAUCUUGCACCUAACAAUGUACAACAAUCCUCAGCUCCUCCCCAGGGUUGAGAAGGAUGAAGAAUGUAUUAUAUUUCAUUUCCAGUACUUUCCAGUACUUUCAAGUACCAGCCAAAACUGGUUCAGUCCAGAGUAACAUUUCAAGUAUUUAAAAUAUUAUUUAAUCUGUUUUCGGAGUUUGUCUAAAUUAAGUUUUAGGUGUUUACCAACUUUUCACCUAAACUCCGAUCUCCUAUUUUUAAAAGAAAUCAUUGAUUAAAGCAAAUUAUGAAACGGAACUGAAAAAAAAACACUUUCAAUUCUGAAUUAAAAAUAAUAUAUGUAUUGUAAAAUUAAACUGGCAGCUGUUUUAAUAAUGAGGACAAUUAUAUCCUAACUAAAAUUCUUAUUCUGCACACCUAUCUAUUUGGUUUCAAAGUAUGUUCAUUGCGAAGAAAAUUUUCCACGGAUUUUUUUUUAAUUCCCAGAACGUCCAAUAUUCUAGGAUUGUUAAACAUUAUUUUUAACUUAAAAGUGUGCAAAAAGCUAAAAGUUUUGAACUUUGAAGUUUUUGUCAAAAAUGGCUUGAAGUCAAAACUGACUUUUUUCUGGUUUUUAUUUGUUACAUGGCAACCCUUGUUUUGCACAGUUUCAACAUAAUAUUGUGAUAAUGUUAAAUUAAAUGUUGGUUUUGUUCACACAACGAAUUUUUAAACAUCUAUGUGUCAAACUUGUUAAAUAUAGAUUUGUAGAGUUUAGAAAUAUAGUUUCCAGAACAUAUUUUGGUUUUACAGGUUGACCAAAGAAACACGGAACCGAUUUCUUAAAAACUCGGUCAGUUAAAAUCUGAACAAAAUCUGGUAAUGUUACUUCUGUUCUACGGCAUUUCCGUCCUACAGUACUUCCGUCCUACGAUACUUCGGACCUACGACAGCUGUAGGUCGAAUUUACAUUCUAUUUUGUUAAUCCGGCCUACGCAUGAACUGCAGAUAUAAUCAGUAUGUUAUAGUUGGCAGUGCUACCAUAUGGAUCGAUGUUCCGGUUGCACACGUAGGUCGGAUGCGCAACUUUCGUAGUUCAGAUGCACAGAUUUUGUAGGUCUAACACUAACUUUUUUGUCCAUCCGACCUACCAAAGUUGUACAUCCGACCUAUAACUAAAGUUGUGCAUCCGACCUACAGAAGAGUGCAACCAAAUAAAGAAAGCCGUGCAACCGACAUUUGCAGUAGGUCGGAUACACAAACUUUUUUUCAAUGAAGUGUGUAUCCGACCUACAGUACAUCGGACCAACAGCAGCUUGAAGCUGCUGAAAAACCACGUGCGGGUAGGUCCAAAGUAUCGUAGGACGGAUGUAAUACAAUCCAAAAUCUUCUGCAUUUUCGUUAGUUUGAAGAAAUAUGACUAGAAAAACAGAAAUAUAAAAUAGACAAAAGAA